AUGGUAUCAAAUGGUAAAAUUGAAAUUACCCCACUAAAGCUCCCUGCGGAGCUUACCACAGCGUUAAGAGACUACGUAGGAAGAGAAACGCCUCUUUACUUCGCAGGACGUUUAACCGAACACUACAAGAACAUAGCUCGAACCACGGGAGAUGGACCCGAGAUCUACCUGAAAAGGGAGGAUCUAGGCCAUAGUGGGUCUCACAAAAUGAACAAUGCUCUCGCUCAAGCAAUGAUUGCCCAGCGGUUUGGUUGCAGCCGUGUGGUAGCGGCCACAGGAGCCGGCCAACAUGGGGUGGCCACCGCGGCUGCUUGUGCAAAGCUCUCCUUGGAGUGUACUAUUUUCAUGGGAACCACUGAUAUAGAGAAACUAUCCGCUAAUGUACUUUCCAUGAAACUGCUUGGUGCUCAGGUGACAUCAGUAAAAGGAACAUUUCAGGAUGCGAGUUCAGAGGCGAUUCGAAAUUGA